AUGUUAUUUGAUUCUCAAUCAAACAUUUUUACAAAAUCAAAUCUGGUCUAUAUACCAUUGUCAAUAACAAUUGCUCAUAUAUUAAAUUUCAUCGUUAAUUCACCUUUAUCAACAUGGAAAGAAUUUCCACCAAAAUUAUCUAAUUCAGUUUAUUCUUCAGUAUUUUAUACUCCAUUAUUAUUAUUUAUAUCACUUACAUUUGAACCAAUUCGAACAAGGAAACGUUUUGCUUUUUACACAUUAUUAUCUUUAACACUUUCAGUUAUUUUAAUUCCAAUAAUUUACCGUGAAAAAGGUUAUCCUCCUUCACUUCAAAGUAAUCUUGUAGCUAUUACUACAUUUUUUGGAUUAAAAAUGUUAUUAUUCUUAAAAUUUAAUAGAACAUCAUAUUUAGAUCAAAAAAAUUUGGAUCAAAAGAAAGAAUUUAAAUCAUACAUCUCGACAUUAUUUAAUUGUGAACCAUUUAUUUCAUCAAGUCCUCGUGAUUUUUGGUCUACUCGUUGGCAAUUAUUGAUUAACGAAAGUUUUAAAGAAUUAGGUUAUUUACCUGUUAAAAAUUUAUUUGUUUCAAUAUUUUCAAGGAAAAUUGCAAACAUUAUGGGUGUAUUAAGUGCUUUUGGUAUUAGUGCUUCAUUACAUGAAUAUCUUAUAAUUGCAAAUGCUUAUACUUGGACAGGUGAACACUUCUUUUUCUUUAUGACUCAUGGUGUAAUAUUUAUCUUAUGGGAAGUUGUAUUUAUUAGUAAUAAGAGUAAAAAUGAGAAUACUAUGAUUGAAAAAUUUUUAAAAUGGGUCUUAUUUCUAAUUAUUAAUUUAAUAUUGCUUCCAGCACUUAUUGAACCUUCAAUGAGAAAUUUUGAUUUUUCUGAUAUUUCAUCUAUUUCAAAAAAUUUUGUUGAUUACAGUCGACUCUGGUUAUAA